UACUCGCUCCUUUUUAAUUUUUUCAAUACCUAACGAACUCGGAUCCAAUUCGGUAGUGUCUAACAACGACGAAAGUGAUUGAAAACUCGAACACAAUGGAAGUGAUCAGAGAUGCUAAAAAAGUGAUCAACCAAUUAUUUGGAAAAGAGAAUAUGUUCGGAUUCGAGACAACGCUAGCUAAUCAGAUGUAUUUGUUGUACUGCGUCGUCGGUAACGUAUAUUACACCGAUAAAAUACAUCGAAAAACCAAACUGGUAUGGUUCUGGUUUGUUUACAUAGCAUGGUUACCCGCUUUUUUUACCUUCUUAUUAUACAUAGUUUAUGGUAGGCAAACCGGCGACUUGGUGUUGGUGAUUUACAUGGGAUUUUUAGUCGCAUUCAUGCUGAUGGAAUCAAUUGUGAGGCCCGCAAUCGCGGUGUAUUGGUAUAGAAACGAUAUAGAGCAAAUGAUUUCGAUGGCUGAUAAAAUAUUAACAAAAACACCAUCAACCGCCCCGCGUACGAGUACAUCCGACAAAUAUUUGGAUGCAAAAAAAAUCAUCAGCACUAUAUUAGUUGAACUUGGAAUAAUAGUUGUACUGUAUGUAUCAUGCGUUACUCUAGAUGUGAUAUUCUUUUAUCGAGAAGAAAAGAUUAAAAACUAUAUGUACUACCUAGCUCCACUCUUUGGACUUGAACAAUUCGCGACAUUGGAAUUUUAUAUAGUUUUUCACCUCAUUUUGUACGGCCUGUCUUGUGGUAUAUUUAUUACUUACACGGCGCACCGACUUAUUUGCGUACCUUGUGCAGUAAUAUGCCAUAACGAGGCGCAAAGGAUUAUUAACGAGUUGAAUUCGUUGAGUGAAGGUACGGACAUUAAUAUCGACACGUACAAAAGUAUCGAACCAAAAUUCAGAUACGUGAUCAAAAAAUGCAUACGAGAUAUAAGCAAUCUCAACAGAUUCAUUUCAACCUACAGAGGCUUUUUUGAGACUAUCGCCAGUCUUACCCUUCCCAUUUCGCUGUAUGUUGGAGUUGCCCAUGCUUUGGUUGCUGUAUCGCCAGAUACUCCAGGCAUAAUCAGAAUGAGAGAAGUAAUCGCUUUCCUCGCCUCGAUUCAAGAAGUCUACAUAAUAUGUUGGAUUGGGGCUACGUUGGAACAAAUUACAUUGGAUUUGUCCUUCGCUGUAUAUUCCACACCGUGGUAUUGGUUAAAAAGCAUUCGCAAAGACGUUUAUAUACUUCUAUGCCAAACACAAGCGUCAAUCAAUCCACUGGCUUUGAAUGUCUAUCCGCUCACAUUGGCAACAUUUCUGCGAUUUUGCAACGUUAUCCAUUCUACAGUGAAUGUUUUUCGAGCAUACACACAAAAAUAGUUAAUCACGGAAUUCACUUUGUCCAGCACAUAUUUCUAAACAGAUGAUUUGAAGUAUUUCCUGUGUUCAUUGUUUUGAUGAAAAUUUUCAACUACAUUAUUUUCACCGAGUAUGUAGUUCCCAAUAUGAAGGGAUUUUCAUGAAACACUUUGUUAGAUCGCGCACAGGGGAACUGACAAUUGCAAAAAAUCAGCCUAUGAUGAAUAACAGCAGAAGAAGCUUACCAAACAAUGGAGAAACUUUUUUUGAAAACUUUACCCCAGAAGCAUUGGUCUAGAAUAGUUGGUUGCACCAGCAUCUACUUACAUAUUAUGCAUUUGAAAGAAUGCAAUCAAAAUGUGUAGGUGAGGUACCUUUAGGUAUCUGCCAAACAUGGCCACCAAAAUCAUUAGUUCUCAAUGUCAUAAUUUUGGUAAUGUAAAUAUACCUAGGCAUAGGCAAUUACGCAUAUUCAUCUAACCUGAAUUUUCAAUUAAGAUACACUACGCAGUACACACUAAGCAUUGAUGUUAUUGAAUAGUAUGUUUGUAACAAAUAAUCGUUAGAUUAUUUUCAUGUUUUGAUUUGUAAAUUGGCAACACCGCAUGAUUUAAUAAAAAUGAA